CGUAUACUGGAGCAAACUGUUAUCACUUUGACACUGUUUGCUGGGGGUUGCCCAGCUUGUAAACAAGUAUGGUUUGACCUGCACAUUAAAAUUUCUCAUCUUGCGCCUGGUCAGAUACUGCUUGACACUUUGUCCGCCUUGACAGUGAGGCUUGUAUUUUCAUCUCAUUUAAGUCAAACAUCCCGCUGUCGGGGCCAUCCUAUACAACUUGUAUCAACUCUCCAUUCCAACUUGACCAACACAUUUAUUUAUUUUUUUUCCUUAUCCUCACAGCAUAAACUUACUAUCAAUGUAAACUCACUCAAUGCAAAUAACUUUCUACAUUAUGUAUAUCUGAAAAACUUACUGCUAUUUCUAACUUCUGACCAAUGUAAGCUUUAA